UCUGCGGGGCGACUUAGACGGAUUGCGCGUCAUCUCGCCUUCCCAAAUUUUUCCCUUCUGCUGCAGCUCGAAUCCAAAACAUCUAUCUAUAGUGGCGAGUACGAGAAAGAGAAAGAUGUUUAACUCGGUGAAUCUGGGCAACUUCUGCUCUCAGACGCGCAAAGACCGGACAUCCGAGUUUGGGGACAGGACGGGCUGCGCGUCCAACAUCUACCUCCCCAGCUGCACCUACUACGUUCCCGAGUUUUCCGCCGUCUCCUCGUUCCUUCCGCAGGCCCCCUCCCGGCAAAUCAGCUACCCUUAUUCCACAAAUCUGUCUCAAGUGCAGCCGAUGCGGGACGUUUCUUACGGCUUGGACCCUGCCAGUAAAUGGCACCACAGAAGCAAUUAUGCGUCGUGCUACUCGGGAGAGGAUCUGGUGCAUAGAGACUGUCUCCCACCGUCCACCAUGACAGAAAUGCUUAUGAAGAACGAAAGCGUGUACAGCCACCACCACCACCAUCACACCCACCCGGGCUCCAAUCAUCCCUCGACGGGUUUCUACUCCGGCGUGGGCAAAAACAACGUCCUUCCGCAGGGCUUCGACCGCUUUUUUGAGACCGCGUACUGCGGCAGCACGGACAAUCAGUCAGACAAUUGUUUACAAAAGGGCGAGGUGGGGAAGCUGGAGAACGACUCGCAGCAGCAGCAGCUGCAGCAGCAGCAGCAACAACCAGCAGCCUCUGUACCCGGAGCUCCGGAGCAGGAAAAAGACCCGGACGAUGAGGAGGAGCACACGAAUUCAGGCUCUUGCACUUCUUCUUCCGCGACAACCAAGGACGGCACCACAAGCAAGAGCAGCCACUCCAGCGUGCCUCGAACAAGAAAGAAGAGGUGUCCUUAUUCCAAGUUCCAGAUUCGAGAACUGGAGCGGGAGUUCUUCUUUAACGUUUACAUCAACAAAGAGAAGAGGCUGCAGCUCUCCCGGAUGUUGAACCUCACCGACCGCCAGGUUAAAAUCUGGUUUCAGAACAGAAGAAUGAAAGAGAAGAAGCUAAGCAGAGAUCGCCUCCAGUACUUCUCCGGAAACCCCCUGUUGUGAGCCGUGAGCAGACUGUGGCACUGAGGCCUCCUCUGAUCUCUGACGAAUCCAAUGGGCACCACCGUUUUUCUACAGCAGCCCAUGCCACCGAAGAGUGCAAUGUGACCGUGGACAGUAUAAGAAACAGGCCUGCAUGGAACAUAGUCGCCAUUUUCGUAUGUCCCCGUGAGCGGGAGGCGAUGAGUUUCUACCCCUCAGAGAGGCCUGCGUGGUUAGAAUAAUCAUUUUUAUGCUGUUCUUGAAUAUGUCCUUCUAUUUAUCUGCGUUGUGUUCGUAUAAACAUAUUUGUUAAAAAAAAUAAAUCAAGUGUAGCCAAUUUCAAUCCUUAUCGCGCAGACAAGUUUUAGUUCUCUGGUCUGUGUACAUAAUGUAUAUCUAAUUAUUUCUCGACCAGAGUUUGGAAAAAAUGAAAAAUUAAACAAUAAUAAUAAUUAUAAAAAAAAUCCCAGGCUGCAUUUUUCGCUCCUUGACAACUGUGACGUCCAAUCUGUGAAAGUAUACUCCCUGUAUGUGCAAAAGUAGCCUAUGCAAAAAGUGCAUUCGUGACUGUAAAUAGGCGUAUGUUGUCUCUCUCUCUCUCUCUCUCUCUCUCUCUCUCUCUCUCUCUCUCUCUCUCUCUCUCUCUCUCUCUCUCUCUCU